ACAUAUAACAAGAUUUAUUCAUCAACAAGGAAAUAUUCAAACAUUAAAAAUAAAACAACGACAAUCACGAGAUUUACUUAUUACCCGACGUAUUUUAAUAAUUGUUAGUUUAUUACUUAUUCUUGGAAUACCUGCAUUGGUUCUUAUAUUUAUGUUUAUAAUAACAGGUGAAGAACAUCCAUUACUUUAUCGAAUUGGAUUGUUUCCAGUUAGCGUAUCUCAAACAGGAUUGAGUGUAGCACUACUUUUUUCUAUUCGACAACUAAAAAAUACUGUUCUAAACUUACGAACAAAGAAAACGGUGACGCCCGUCAAUCGAGCUGUACAAAUGAGAACGAUUAUUGGUACUCAAUAA